AUGGCAACCUUCACACUUCACAAAGAAACAGUUCAAUCAUGGUUACCUCUAAGCAGAUUUCACAUACUAUCCCAUUUUUUAUGUGUAUUGCUUCUCUUUUAUUACCGUAUCAAACAUUUAAUUAUUUUCUUCAAUAAUAAUCAAACUAGUGACACUCCAAAACUACCAUGGAUUCUAAUGACACUAGCUGAAAUUAUUCUAUCAAUUAUGUGGUUUUUCAACCAAGCAUACCGGUGGCGGCCGGUGAGUCGUUCGGUUAUGACCGAGAAGUUACCGGCCGAUGAUAAGUUACCGGGACUCGACAUAUUUGUUUGUACAAUUGAUCCUGAAAAAGAACCAACGAUGGAAGUCAUGAACACAGUUGUUUCAGCUAUUGCUAUGGAUUACCCUUGUGAUAAGCUUAGUGUUUAUCUUUCUGAUGAUGGAGCUUCUCCUAUUACUCAUUAUGGAAUUAAAGAGGCUUCUCAAUUUGCAAAAUUUUGGGUUCCUUUUUGUAGAAAGUAUGGUGUAAAAUCAAGGUGUCCUAAGGUUUUUUUCUCUCCUUUGGGUGAGGAUGAUCAUGUUCUUAGGACUCUUGAAUUUGAGGCAGAGAGAGACCAGAUCAAGGCCAAGUAUGAGAAAAUGCAGAAAAAUAUCGAGAAAUAUAGUUCUGACCCUAAAAAUCUCCGUAUGGUAACCGACAGAGCUUCUCGCAUCGAGAUUAUAAAUGACGAACCACAAAUGCCACGUAUCGUAUAUGUAUCUCGUGAAAGAAGACCAUCACUUCCUCACAAGUUCAAAGGAGGUGCCCUCAAUACAUUGCUUAGAGUGUCAGGUCUAAUAAGUAAUGGGCCUUAUGUACUUGCAGUGGACUGUGACAUGUAUUGCAAUGAUCCAUCUUCAGCCAAACAAGCUAUGUGUUUCUUUCUUGAUCCAGAAACUUCUAAAUAUAUUGCAUUUGUUCAAUUCCCUCAAAUGUUUCACAAUCUUAGCAAAAAAGAUAUCUAUGAUAAUCAAUCCAGAACCGCUUUUAAGACAAUGUGGCAAGGGAUGGAUGGUUUGAGAGGUCCAGGUCUUUCUGGCAGUGGUAAUUACUUGAAUAGAAGUGCAUUAUUAUUUGGAUGUCCAAAUCAAAAAGAUGACUAUCUUCUUGAUGCCCAAAAUUAUUUUGGCAAGUCUACCAAAUACGUAGAAUCAUUGAAGGUCAUCCGUGGACAACAAACUAUCAAAAAGAAUCUUUCAAAAGAGGAAAUUUUGCAAGAAGCUCAAGUUGUGGCAUCUUGUUCUUAUGAAACAAACACAAAAUGGGGCACCGAGGUAGGAUUCUCAUAUGGCAUCUUACUAGAGAGCACCAUAACUGGCUAUCUUUUGCACUGUAGAGGAUGGAAAUCAGCUUACCUUUACCCAAAAACACCCUGUUUUUUAGGAUGUGCACCAACUGAUAUUAAAGAAGGAAUGCUUCAAUUAGUGAAAUGGUUGUCUGAACUUUGCUUGCUUGCAGUCUCUAAAUAUAGCCCUUUUACAUAUGGAUUUUCAAAAAUGUCCACUAUUCAUAAUUUCACUUAUUGCUUCAUGUCAAUUUCAUCUAUAUAUGCCAUUGGCUUCAUCCUUUAUGGCAUUGUACCUCAAGUAUGCUUCUUGAAAGGAAUACCUGUCUUCCCAAAGGUCACAGACCCUUGGUUUGCAUUAUUUGUGAUAUUAUAUGUAGCCACUCAAAUUCAACAUUUGAUAGAGGUCCUUUCUGGUGAUGGAUCUGUGGCAAUGUGGUGGGAUGAACAAAGAAUUUGGAUUCUAAAGUCAGUUACAAGUUUAUUUGCAAUAAUAGAGGCAAUUAAGAAAUGGUUAGGAUUGAACAAGAAAAAAUUCAACUUAUCAAACAAAGCAAUUGACAAAGAUAAACUUGAGAAAUAUGAACAAGGUAGGUUUGAUUUUCAAGGUGCAGCUUUGUACAUGUCUCCAAUGGUUGUGUUACUCAUAGUGAACACUGUUUGUUUCUUUGGUGGUUUAUGGAGACUAUUCAAUACUAGAGAUUUUGAAGAUAUGUUUGGUCAACUUUUUCUAGUUAGCUAUGUAAUGGCUCUUAGUUAUCCCAUUUUUGAGGGGAUAAUAACUAUGAUCAAAAGUAAGAGUGGAUAGUGUUCUUCUGAUAUUAAUAAAUUAGGCUCAUUCCAGAGUUUAAAAUGCUCAAGCAUUUACAUCUUAAAAUAAAAUUGUUUACAGUUUAUUUUAA